AUGGAAUCUCAACCACUCGCCUAUAACACCAGUGAUCAAUUGCCACCUAAUAGCACUGCCGAACCAAUUCUUAUUUUACUUCUUAAUUUCUUGUUUGCUGGUUUGGGACAUUUAGUGUUGGGUCAAUCCGGAAAGGGUAUUACCUAUAUUGUUAUUAAUUUCCUUCUCUUCUUCUUGAUUGUUUUAUUGAGUUUUGUCUUUAUUGGCAUUUGCAUCCUUCCACUUCAAAUUGUUUGGUGGGUGAUGGUUAUGGUUGAUGGAUAUGUCAUUGCUCAACGUUUGAAGGAAGGAAAGGCUGUAAGAAAGGGAGAAUGUGCUUUUUCUAUUACCAAGUUUGGAGUUUCCCUCUUUGAAAGUUCUGAAGUUUUUGUUCAAUAA